ACAAAAAACCGCCAAAAAUCGUACCUGGUAUUGGGCGCAUAGAAAGCUUUGCUAACAGAAUUCGGUCCGGUGUUUCGGAUUGUUAAUUGCAAAACUAUCGUAUUUCGUGCUGGGUGGGCAUGCCUUUCAAACGAUCCCCUAUGCGCUAUGCGCACAUUAUAGGCUACACUACCGUUAUUUAUCAGGAGGAUGGAAACUGCAUCAUCAGUGUUGGUUAUGACGGAGAUUUCCGCAUUUGGCACGGCAUUGGAGAUGAUGAUCCGCCGACGGUCUGCGUUGGGGAGCAUGUCUGGACAGCGCUUCAGUACAGCGAUCGAGUGCUUAUUGCCACGGAUUUGAACACAGUGCAGGCUUACAAAUAUCCCUCCCUGGACAAGGAUGGAAUCGAGUUUCGGUUUACCGCAUACGUGACCUGUCUUACCAAGAACAAACGGUACAUGGCCGCUGGUUCGGAGGAUGCAACAAUUAAGGUGCUAUCGCUGGACAAUGGCGAACAGUUUGAGCUGGAAAAUCUUGGUGGCCCGGUACUGAGUAUCGACAUGAGCAAACGCGACCUGCUGGCAGCCAGUGUCGGAGACGGCAAAAUUCAUGUCUGGGAUAUAAAAACCAGAGAGCUUCAGCACACAGUUCGGGGCUUGCCGGUGGUGAAGAGUUUCGAGGCCGUUUUGCAUUUUGCUACGCCCUCCUUCGAACCCUCAAAGGGAAACCUGCUUGCCUAUCCCAAUGGGAAGGAAGUGAUCGUGCUGAACACUCUCGGCUGGGAGGUGGUCAAGCGAUACGUCCAUCCAAACCCAUCGACGAAGCUGACCGUGUGUGGGUUUUCGCCCUUGGGAGACUUUGUAGCGGCUGGCAGCGUUGCCGGCGACGUUUGCAUUUGGGACUGCGAAACGGGCAAACCCGUCGAGGGUGUUAAGCAAUACGAAGCCAAUCCAAUCACGAAGCUGGUGUGGAACCCGAAGAACAAUGGCGAGCUUGCGAUAUCGGACGCAAAUGGGCAGGUUGGCACGGUAACGGACAUUUUCAUCGAGAGCAGCGAGGAGGACCUGGACGGUGCAGAUAUUGUAGAGAUGGCUGAGAAGGAGGAGGAGGAGAGUGAAGAUGCGUACGAUCACAUUUUUGAUAAACAUACUAAAAAGGAUGAAAAGAAGGAGUCCGCUAAGGAAAAGGACCCCGCCAAAGAAAAGGAUCCCGCCAAAGAAAAGGAUCCCGCUAAAGAAAAGGAUCCCGCUAAAGAAAAGGACUCCGCUAAAGUAAAGGACUCUGCUAAAGAAAAGAACAAGGACAACAAAGCGUUAGAUGACGCAGCACAGGUGGAUGAGGAAGAGCUCGAUAAUGAUGAGAUGAAUGAAAACUGUAUCGAGUUGGAAAAGCUCAAGUCUCAGAUUAUGGGUCCGGUACAGAAAACCGGCGGUCCAUAUUCGGAUGGCGAGUCUGGCGAGGACGAUGAUGAUGAUCGUGGCACGGUGCGCAGUUACCGCGAACCGAGAUCCUACCCCCAACAGGCUCCAUUUCAGCCCGGUUCCACUCCGUACAUGCUGGAGCAUUGCUAUCUCGUGUACAAUCACGUUGGAAUCGUGCGCCGACAUGCGACCGCCCAGGAGAACUCGAUUGAGGUGGAGUUUCACGAUUCGCAGGCGCACCAUGGCAUUCAUUUGAACAACUUCUUAAACCACACGAUGGCCGGACUGAGUGAAUCGGUGCUAGCGAUGGCCUGCCCGAAUGCGGACGGUAAUCCGAGCAAGAUCGUGUGCAUUAAUCAGGCCGCCUUUGGCAAGCGUGAGUGGACCUACACGAUGCCGGGCUGUGAGGAAAUCAUCGCCGUGACUGCAUCGGAUAAAAUCGUUGUCGUUGCGACGGACAGCCGUUUGCUGCGCGUAUUUACGGCUCGUGGUACCCAGCGGGAAGUGAUUUCGGUAGCGGGACCGAUUGUUGCACUUGCUGCGUAUGGCGACCACUUCCUAGUGGCGUACCACAGUGCGCCGGCCAACGAGGAUCAGCACAUUAGCUUGAUGAUUGUGACGUGCGUCAACUUUAAGCUGCGCUGCCGCGAAGUGCGCGUCCCACUGUCGGCCGGAUCAGAGCUGCGGUGGUUAGGAUAUUCGGAUCGCGGUUCGCCGGUGGUGUACGAUACGGACGGCCGGCUAAACAUUUACCAUGCCACCUUGAACCUUUGGUUCCCGAUUUAUGACAGCGUAAAUUUGUCCGCGAAGGAAGCGUCGGACAGUCUGUUCAUAAUUAAGGUAUCCGAGUCGACGCAGCACGUACAGCUGGUGGUGUGCCGUGGUUCCAGGUACCCGCUAACCACGCCCAAACCUGUCCCGGUGGAAGUGAAAUUCAGCCUGCCGAUGUGUGACCGGGACAGCGGAAAGGAAAUGCUGGAGGAUGAGCUGGUGCGUUCGCUUUAUCUCAAAGCGAAUGAUGCCGAUAAGCUGAUGAAGGAAACGGCCGUUAAACUAUUUGCGCUGGCUUGCACGAACGAGUGCGAACAGCGUGCCAAAGAGCUGGUGGAAACGAUUGCCUCGAGUCAGCUGAUUCCGCUGGUGAUAAAGUAUGCGAGCAAGAUUCGGCGUUACCAUUUGGCGGACAGUUUGGCCCCACUGCUGCCCAGCUUCCAGGAACAGGAAAUGCAGGAGGAAAAAAUGGAGCAGGAAAGCGUCCGAGAGAAUGCGGCCAUCGCAAACGAACUGCAGCACAUCAAUCUUGAGGCGAUCACGAAGAAAGAUACUACGCCGAAAAUAAAACCGCUUCCAGUUGGCACGAAAAAGCCGAACAAUCCAUUCCGCAAAUCGACGGCGGCAGGCAGCAGCGACGGUGGCAUAUCGUCACCCGCAUCGAGCACGGGCCAGAACGGUGCCAACGGCAGCAGUAACCCGUUGGAGCAUUUGACCGGCAAGGCGAUAGGAUUUUCGGCCGCCCGUACCAGCAGCCCGAGCGUUGCUGCCGGCAGGCUGACGAGCAAUGGUGGACAGGAUGAAAAUCGUCCACAGAACAGUGCUGCUGCUGGUACUACUACGCCCGCCAGUGGCAUGAAGUUUCUGCCCUGGUUCGAGCUGAAUCGGGAAGAGCUGCAGAGACAGCAUCCGGAAGCGGCGGAGGCGGACCUCAUCAAAAUUGGUAUGCGUGAGUUCAAGUCCCACCAGUCGAAAGGUCAGCCGAGCACAUCGUCAACCGCGGAAAGUGGCACACCGAAGCGGAAGCUGGAGGAGAACGAUCAACCAGAAACGGGUGUGUCGAAAUUGGCAAAGUUUGGCUUCGUAAAGCAUGGUUAGCAACAUCAUCGCCGCCACCAGGAGGGAGGGGGCCGGGGACAAACGACGGCGGUGAUGAUGGAUGGACAAAAGGUUGCUAGUUGUUAGUAAGCGAAAUGAACUCGUAUGCACGUAACAAUCGUAAGAAGUACUGAUACAUGAUAAAAUCAUUUUUUUUAAACCAUUA